UUGAGAUUCCUGACCAAUUAUGUGCCAAUUUUUUUCUUACACUGAGCAAGGAAGAGUUAUCCGGAAGUCUCUGAAAUUCCGCAUCAACACAUCAUGGACAAAAGUUUGUAAACCAUGUCCAGAGAAAAAGGGCAAGAUCUUAAACCAAUGGAGCGUCCCCAGCUAAGUGAAAUAAAUGACAUUCUCCUGGCAAAAACCACCUGUGAUGAAUGGAACCGGAUCCAGAACUUCCAAGCAAAACCAGAUGACCUUCUCAUUUGCACCUACCCCAAAGCAGGUACAACCUGGAUCCAAGAGAUAGUGGACAUGAUCCAACAGGAAGGUGAUCUGGUGAAAUGUCAGCGCGCGCCCCUGAAUCGCCGACAUCCAUUUAUUGAGUGGGCAAGGCCACCCCAGCCAUCAGGGAUUGACCAAGCAGAAGCAAUGCCCUCUCCACGGAUUCUGAAAACCCAUCUGCCUGUGCAGUUGCUCCCUCGGUCCUUUUGGGAGCAAAACUGCAAAUUUCUUUAUGUGGCAAGGAAUGCCAAGGACUGCAUGGUGUCCUAUUUCCACUUCCAAAGGAUGAGCAAGUUGGUUCCUGACCCAGGAACAUGGGAUGAAUAUUUUGAGGCAUUUAUGGCAGGAAAAGUGGGCUGGGGCCCAUGGUACGAUCAUGUGAAAGGCUGGUGGAAGGCAAAGGACACCCACCGUGUGCUCUACCUCUUCUAUGAAAAUAUCAAAAAGAACCCAAAAUAUGAAAUCCAGAAAGUGAUGCAAUUUGUUGGGAAGCAACUAGAUGUAGCAACGCUGGAUAAAAUUGUCCACCAUACCUCAUUUGAAGUCAUGAAGGACAACCCCAUGGCCAACCGGGCUGGAGUGCCCAUUACAGUCAUGGACCAGUCCAUUUCUCCAUUCAUGAGGAAAGGGACAGUUGGUGAUUGGAAGAACCAUUUCACAGUUGCUCAGAAUGAGAGAUUCAAUGAAGACUACAAAAAGAAGAUGGCAGGCACAACCCUGACUUUCUCAAUGGAACUCUGAGGUCCAAAGUGCCAGUGCUGGGAAUCCCAAAAACAUUGCCUGUAAAACAGAGUGCAGCUCAGCUCUGUCCUCAGUAGUCUAAUUUUUUUUUCUAGCAGGUCUGUAGACCCUUAUGAUUUCAAAUAAAAAAGCCUUUUAAAAAAUCUCAUGUAGCCCCCUUUG